ACGAAACUUACAUAUUUAAAAGAGAGAAUAAUUGAAAUAGUUGAAUUAAUCGAAUAAAAGCAAGCAUUUCCGGUUACAGCAUCUCUGCGUAAGUUUCACUCAGCUGAUCCGGGUCAACAAAGUUCUCUUCCUCACUAGAAUGGAGCAAUACUGGUCUGGGAGUGCAAUCAAUAAAAACAAAGGGAUGGUGGAGAAUUUGCAGAAUUAUGGAAUAAUCAAAUCUAGAAAGGUAGCUGAAACAAUGGAAAACAUUGACAGAGGUGUAUUUGUACCCAACGGGGCGCAACCUUACAUUGACAGCCCCAUGGCUAUAGGCUACAAUGCCACUAUAUCUGCACCACACAUGCAUGCAAUCUGCCUUCAGUUGCUCGAGAAUUAUUUGCAACCUGGAAUGCAUGCUCUCGACGUUGGCUCUGGGACUGGCUACCUGACUGCUUGCUUUGCUUUGAUGGUUGGAUCCAAUGGCCGUACUGUUGGCGUGGAACAUAUUCCUGAAUUGGUUUCCUCUUCAAUCAAGAAUAUUGAAAAAAGUGCCGCAGCUCCACUUUUGAAAGAUGGUUCCCUUUCUGUGCAUGAUUGUGAUGGAAGGCAGGGUUGGCCUGAUUUUGCUCCUUAUGAUGCCAUUCACGUUGGAGCAGCGGCACCAGAAAUUCCUCAACCACUUAUUGACCAGUUGAAGCCAGGGGGUCGAAUGGUUAUUCCUGUUGGAAAUGCACUUCAAGAUUUAAAGGUUGUGGAUAAGAACUCCGAUGGUUCUAUCAGUAUCCGGACUGAGACUUCUGUUCGAUAUGUGCCUCUCACUAGCAAGGAAGCUCAACUUAACGGAGAAUAAGGUAGUGAAGGGAAAGCAAAAUCCUCAAUUAGUGUCGGUGAUGCUUUCAGGUGUCUUUGGUUUUCUGUAUCACAUGCCGCGUUCUGAAAGAAAUUUGUAUAGUUCAAGUUAGUUUUAUUUUCUUACCGCCAAAACAGGAACCCAAUAAAACUGUAUUUAAAAUCUUAUAUUUAUCCUCCUUUUUUAUUUCUUAAUUAUUGAGUAUGUUUGAGGCUAAAA